AUGGGGGUAAUUGCACGUAAAUCUCACAUUAAUCCGUUUUCAGGCACUCGGAGUUUUUGGACUUUGCCAAUUGUUCGCCUUCGCUCAGUACAUCAAGUCCAAAACGACUCAAGAACAGUUUUAUCAGCUACUUCGUCUUUCAGUUUCUACCAUAGGAUUCGCUGUAUGCAUCGCAACAACGGCGUUGUACUUUUCAGGUAAAAAUCCCCAAUGUGAACACUGUUUACACGUAUGCACAUGUAUUCAGCAUCUUGAAAAUGCAAUUAACGCCCAGCUGAAUUGUAGACUGCUUUGCUUUGUAUUCUCUAGACCCAUCGGUAAUUUUGGCUCCAUUAUGAGCGGAAUGGGAACUAGCUAGUUGAAGUAAAAAUCGUUAAUUGCUUUUCGGUCUGAGUAAUUGAGUGCUUUCAGUUUAUCGUUUCCCCUUAAACCCACAAUAUAGCCCAUGGUCUUUUUGCAUAUCGCCCUCCAAUGCUAGUAGUUUCCGGUUUUUUGAUUUGAACACAUUUCAGUUAAUUUACCCUAACUUGGGCGAUGUUUUUGGGGCUUAGAAAUGUCUACUGUGGUACUUGUAGUCUUCCCCUCACUUUUAUCUGCAUUAAGUAAUUUGGUUUUCUGGAAUGAGUCGAAUGCAUCCUACUGUUUUUACGGUGGGUGGGUCCAUGUCACUCCUGUUAACUCGUCAUUUAGUCUUUUGGUUUAACUGUCGGUUUCCUCCGUAAAGUGUUGCUCAUCUUACUUGGAGGUGUUUUCGCCCAUAUUAUCCACAAAAAGAUUGUCUUUACAUGUUCUUUAGGGUUCUUCUAUGAGUUUUUGAUGUCAGCUAUCCAAAUAUUAUACGUAGGUAGCCGUUUAUUUGAGUGACUUGAGCCACUUUGACAUUGUUAUUUAUUUUACACGGCACUUUAUAUCCGUCAGCGUAUAUCAUAAUGUAUUCCUCAAAAUAAUGCUGUGAGGAAAGGAUUAAUAACCUUGAGCUGACACCCAUUAAAAGUGCAGACUUGCCAAUUUUGUUGUUUCCGUCUGUUACCCGGAUUUUUUAUAGCGCGUGCAUGCGCCGUUAUUUGAUUGGACUUGCAAGUUUAUGACUACCGGUCGGUUACCGUGGCUCAAUGUCUCCGAGAACUGUAACCCUUUAAAUCAUGCUUGUCUACCUGCCACCACAGAUCUCGAAACGCCUCAUCGGUGGUUGAAACCACAACAUUUGUUCGAAUGGUCUGUUUUCUGUUGGAUCAUUCGAUGUUGAAAGGUACACUUUACUCAUUUCACUAUAAUGACACCUAAGCAGAUCGAGCGACGUUCCUCUUCGUUGACACUCAAACCCCUUAGUGCAACGAAGGCACGUUUCUUAUUUGCCAAGUAGCACUAACCAGCAUAAUACUUUAGCUGUUGCUGCUAGUAGGUGUUGAUCAGCAGUAUUGUGAUCAACGUACACCGGGAAAGCACUGACCUUAGUGUCUGAUUGGGUGGCUGUGAUCGGGAAUAACAUCGUAAACGACUCUGACCACAGCCCAUUUAGAAGCCAGUCUUGCGCUUGUCUUUUAUUAACCUAGUUAAACAUAUGGUCAUUCGGCUUUUCGUUUUUCGAUUAUUUUCGCUAUUUCCGCCCCUAGCGUUUUUGCCAACUUUUGUCUUUACCAGGCAAAAUCGCGCCAUGGACUGGAAGAUUCUACUCUUUGCUUGACCCAAGUUAUGCCAAAAAUUAUCUGCCAAUCAUCGCAUCCGUCUCCGAACACCAACCUACCGCGUGGAGUUCCUACUUCUUCGACCUUCACGCCAUGACCAUCUUCUUCCCGGGUAUGUCUUUCGUGCUUAAACUUUUUGGCCUUUGCUUUUUCUUCCAUUUAAUCAGGAGAACUGCAUCUAUUCAACUCAUCAGUUCUCAUGAUUAUUAAGUAGGCCCCGUCAUUCCCCUUCAUCCGCGUCGUUAUUCUUCCUUUCUGAUUCCGAGGCUUGAACUGGUUUUUUUCACUGUUUUUUGCUUUCGAGUUAAACAAUGCGAGGUCAAGUCAGUGCAGUGCGAUCCUGUUUUCUUUUUCAGUGGGUCUCUACUAUUGUUUCAAAAAACUCACCGAUGCCUCCAUCUUCCUCGUUAUGUAUGGGAUGCUCAGCCUUUAUUUCUCUGUAAGUCCAACUUAUUCUAUGCUAUAGGUCAAUUUCCUUCACUACGAUUAUGUCUUUAUUCCUGUAGCGCGUAAUUGGUUGGUUCAGGGCUUAUUGACCACUCUCACAACUUGCUUAAACGCCGCAUCUUGCCUCGUCUAAAAAAGGGGUCUUAUAUCAUUACCAUUGCACACUCAGUGGUAGGCUGCUUCCUGGCCGCUACACUCCAUAAUUUUACCAUCCAAUUCUUAUUUAUUUUUUAGGGCGUCAUGGUCCGACUUAUGCUCGUACUGGCCCCUAUCAUGUGCAUCAUAUCGGGCAUUGCCGUCUCCAACAUUUUUCGAACAUUCAUUCCAAACCUUGAUGACUCCAAGUCCACCUCGACGGAUAACUCUAUCCAAAAACGGAUACCCACAUCUGCAAAGUCCUCAAAGGCCGUUUCUGAUCCUACCUACCCCUUUAAGAGUCAAGUAAGCCAUGCUACCAAUUCGGCUGUUCUCACAGUUUCCCUUGCCGAUGCGAUAACCGUGGAGUUAUUUUGAUUUGCGAGUGUGAUUUUUAACUAGCUUUCGUACGAGAGCAGUUUCCCGCACAUAAAACGGCUGCCAAGGAUGUUUAGGAAGAUCUCUGGUGGGUUCCAACUAAAGACGCUUAUGUUUGGAAAGAAAAACGUAAUUACCAGGUAACUACAUGUAAAGCUUACCUUAUUAACUGAAGACGCUGGCCACUCCACAAUUAGCAUACUGCUACCUCAUGCGUGAUUCCGGAUAAUGUUUUGCUGACACCUUUAGUGAUUUAAGUUCUUGCCCCAACUUUUUCAUCGGUUUGGGCGAAAACUUGUAGUUUGUCCGCCGCUCUGUAUGCCUUAGGAUAAGGCGACAAAGAAGCCUGUGCAUUAAGUGAACUUAAAAUACUGCUAGACUGUUCUGCGAUAUGUCCAUUGGAUGCACAAAACCACCUCUAUUACCGCCUUUAUAUUGAUUGUAAAGCUUGCCGCUGUGUGAGAAAUAUCUCAUCGGAACGCCCAGUAGGCAGUUUGCUUGACGAUCGUCUGGCACUCAUGUGAUUUUUGCAUUAUCUGUUGGCUGUUUUUAUCCAGCGACAUCUAUAUACAGUAGGUGGGCUAACUCGUGAAAUGUCAACCGAAAUUCCGAAAUGCGUUUUCGUUUCGAAAAGAUUAAUUAAGUAGGCUUGUAAAACUAGUCAGCCUGCAACGUAAUUCUGUAAUAUUUCAGUUACGUCAGGAUGCGGGCUUUCGAGUAAACGUCCUUCCGGCUGCAUUCAAAAACUACACUAAAAAACGACUACUUAAGUAGCAUGAAUUUUUCGCAUGGAUUAUCGAUGCUCCUAAAAGUCCAAUUAUAUUUCAUGGAAAAAACGCAUUCAAAUAUUCAUUCUUUUCUCAUUCGGUAGAAAAUUGCGUCCUCUUCUAAUUUUAUACUCGAAGAAGGGACAUUAUUCGGUUUUAAAAGUUUCUAAUUGUGACAUGGCCGUUCACAAAUCGUCAUGUCUCUGCAUUUACCAAUGUUGCUUGUAAAGUUAACAAUAUGGAUCAAAAUCACUGUUAAAUUUAAUGAACCCUAUAUGGUCCCCCCUUCCUUCCGUAGAGAAAUGUGUGGUUCUCCGUACGCGGAAAAUGUACGGCUUGUAGUUUGGAAACCCUGAAUCCAAGUGUAACAGUAGAGCGGGUUCAAAAUUAUUCGGGAAUUGGAAAAGUUUUUGAAAACCGACUUAUACCUUUCCUUCGAGUAUAAGAUUGGAAGAAGACGUAAUUUUCUACCGAAUGAGCAAAAGAAUGAAUAUUUGAUGCGUGUUGUCCACGAACUAUAAUUGGACAUUUAGGGGCAUUGAAAAUCAAUGAGAAAAAUCCAUGCUACUUAAGUAGUUGUUUUUUACAGAGUGUAGUUUUUGCAUGCAGCCGAAGGACGCUCAUUCGAAAGCCAGCAUCCUGACGUAACUGAAAUAUUAUAGAAUUAAUUUGCAGGCUGACUAGUUUUACAACCCUACUUAAGUAAUCUUUCGAAACGAAAACGCAUUUCGGAAUUUCCGUUGAAAUUUCAUGAGUUAGUCCACUUGUUGUACGUAUAUUACGGUACCCGGCAGGUCGUUGCUUUGCAGCAUGUCAAUCACCAGUAUAACCCUGCUUAUCAGGACUGAGGGCCAGACUCUGAGAGCUAUUUAACACGACCUCAGGGAAGCUUACAGAUUCGAUACUCAAAUGAAGUCGACUGUCUGACGGUUGAGGAAUCAGUACCUGUGUGGCACGCGUACAAGGCGGCGAGUGCUCGGUUAGCCACUGAUCCUGAGCCCAUCUCAAGUCGUUUUUGAUCUUGUUUCGCAGUUGGAGCAUGGUGAGUAAGGAACGGGAAGGGGUGAAGUCAUUAUUAUGAAAGCGUCCCUCACGCAUAUCCAACUCACGCGCGAGUCGCCGCGGUUUUCUCGGCAUAAUGGUUUUCCCUGCCGAGUUCAGUUGACAAACUAUCGCCUGAGAAUUUCUGUCCCCUGAAAUGGAGCCUCUUGGAGAGUCAGACCUGUAUCGCAGCUAGGGAACUGGUGGACAUAUCUGCUUUAGUCAGGGGUAGGCUACAUGAAAAUUAACGCCAUGCUAGGACAUGCGUAGAUCAGGACAAAUGACUUAGUCGGUUUCAUCUACUCUGACCUUCGAGACUUCGACUCAACUUUCCAAUAUAAAGAAAACCGAAUGGGCCAUGCAUAUGAAGUGGGAACAACACAAGGAAGCUCAUCCUCGUACUUCAACUCAUGUUCUGGCCAUAUUUAUCACGGGAAAUGCACCUCGUUUAGUAAGAUGGGCAGUCUACCGGUAGAAGUUGGAAUAAUACGCAAUUUGUCAUAGCCGAAAGUCACAUUCCGUUAUAAUCAUUGUUAUCACUCAGCUUGGUUCGCUGACUCUUUGCUCCCCAUCUGAUGGUAGUCAGACAUCAUAUAAUGCCUUCGCGUGUCGCCCGUUUUCCCCGGACGAAAGCCGUCGUUUUUCCCGGCAGGCCGAUCUAAUCCUAUGCAACCGACGAAGAACUUCCAGGAUCUCCUCUUAAGCCUCGACAACUGUUGUCGAGAAGCCUCACCUCCUCACUGACCUUCGGAAUGGCCUGUCUUCUCAGCCGCAACCAAAAUCAUAUGAAGCUUGAAGGCAUCUCAUUUUCCCUAAACAGGUGAAAUGGGAUGCGGACUGCGGAACACAUCCUUAAGUAAAUUCUGAAUGUUUGGUUGCAUUUUUGUACAAAGCGAUGCACAUGACCCUUUCAAAUAUUGCUCGAUUUUACACUGAAUCACUGCCUAUUUUUUGAGCAUAAAUGAUUUACUGAUGCAUCUUCAGUCACACACUUAACCCGAAUCAACCCACUUCUGUUUACUACCUCAAGUCACGUUCUUACCCUGCCUCUAUUUCCUUAGGUUGCCUACCUCGUCGUUUUUGCCGUCGUUCUUACCCUUGCAAUCUACAGUCAACACUGCGUUUGGGUCACAUCGAACGCGUACUCCUCGCCAAGUAUAGUCAUGUCCGCCCAGCGCCCAGAUGGGUCUCACGUGCUGUUUGAUGAUUACAGAGAAGCGUACUACUGGCUUCGCCAGAACACCCCUCCGGUACGUCUGGUUUCUGGUCGCCUUCAGAGAGUUGCAAUUAUUUUUAAUUUGUUGUAGCUGUGCGAUUGCCUGGGAGAGCUCUAGAUCCGGAGUUCUAAGGCAAGACUUUGCAAUAUGAAUAGAGAGGUGAAUGUAACAUCUGCAUGACUUUGAAUAUGCCCACUCUUACCCGACAGGGCGUGAACCCUGGUUCGAUGGUAGGUCGUUUGCUUUGACAGUGACUGGUUAACAACUAACUCGGAUUCUAACCAGGGGUUUCCGUCUGGGGGUUAGGAUAUGGCUAGCUAGUGACGACAUACGGGUCAAAAACAACCUCCCCCUCUCGCCUCAACACCUUUAAAUUAUUCAUUUUGACCCAAAUAUGAAAAACUCGGAGACCUCGGUGGGACUUAAACCCACGACAGCAAGGGGAAGGCCUUAGUACAGCCAACGCUCUAGCCACCUGAGCCACGAGGUCCCACCGGAAGAUGCGUUUAAUCACAUUUGGGCCAAGUUAGAUUAUUUAGAACGUUUUACUGUCUGAGAAUAUACAUUUUAAAUUAAUAACUAAUAAGAUAACAAAUAACCGAUUAGCACAACCCUCCUUGCUUUUGUUGCAGAAUGCGAAAAUUAUGUCCUGGUGGGAUUAUGGCUACCAGAUAACUGCGAUUGCCAAUCGUACCGUCCUGGUAGACAACAACACCUGGAAUAACACGCACAUCGGACGUGUUGGCCAGGCAAUGGCCUCGAGUGAGGACGAUGCAUACGAAAUUCUGCAGGAGCUGGAUGUCGACUACAUCCUUGUCAUUUUUGGUGGUGCCUCAUCGUACUCCUCUGACGGUAAGUAACUCUGCACUCUUGCUCACCGGACCCGAAUGUUUUGAGGGGUUGUGUCCAUGUAGAAACUCUGGAAGAACUCAUUGCUUGUAUUUGGUCAGAAUGAGUUAAUGAAUCAUCUCUGUUUGCCUCGUAUCAGCAAACGAUUAACGUGAGUUACCGUCAUCACAACAGACAGACUGUAACAGACCCAUCGGACAGUCUGUGAGGUCAACAACCAUAAAAUUUAUCGCGGCAGAUAAUGGAAAGUAGGAACCUUAUACAGCCAGAGACUGUAUCACCUGACGAGAUGUAAAUGCUCCGGAAAACCUACCAACCGAGCAAUAGUAAAUACGUUUGCCAAUCAUGCAAAUUGAUAUAUGUUUCUUGCCUCCUGACUCACAAAGCGAAUCUGUUAUAGUUUGCGAAAAAUAUUUUCAUCGGUCUUCGUACCGUCUGGCUACACAUCGUCUGUCUGUAUAAGUUCACUACUUUUCACAAUCUGCAGUAAGAAUUGUUCUUAUCAUGACCCUGCCUUGUGUGUUUGUGGGGAAACUCCACGGCACCGUUGCUGCUGCCCGGCCACAGAAAUGUCCCUACAAAGCUCACAGAAUGUCCAGACUAGACGCUAAUCUCUUUAAAUGUGAGGAAGUUUGUGCAUACGAAUAUAUUAGAAGACCAAUUGGCCGCUCAAAGGAGGACUACCACUGUCUUGAAAAGAGCACAGUGUGGAUUGCGUUCAAAUUUGUUUGCAGCGGAACAGACCUCUUUUCAGUCCUUCCAUGCCGACAGUGCUCGGAUGAAAGACAGGAUAGGGCGGCGGCGCAGCGGUUUACAAGCUUAAACAGCCUGUGCGUGCGUACCACAUUGGCUUUGAUCCCUAAAUCCACACGAACCGAACGUCAAAAGGGGGCUGUGCAGCACGUCUCUCAAUCCAAAAAAGCACCGAGUUCACUUGUUAGUCGGGAACCUUCCAGACCCUGAUUGAUGGCGCGCCGUUGUAGGUUAAAAAGGCCAUUGUUUAUUUAUGGUGAGUAACGUAGGCGCUUGAUCAUCUCUUGAUGACCUCGCUCUCUCGCUCUCUCCACUCUUCCACAUCAGCGAUAAAUCCGAGCCAAACCGACUGACGGUAAGAUAAUGAAGUACCACAAGCUCUCUCUGACGGAUGCUGUACGCACCACCACUUUGGCCACCGCCACUACGACUGCUACUCAUAAUAUUAUUGCUGCUGCUGCUACUAUUACCACAACUACUACCGUACCAUGAUGGGCGGCUUGCAGAGUGCAGCAACUGACGUCUGUAACGUAGUUCCACGUAAUGUCUACAAGAAAGACUGACCGUCAGUACAUACUAUCCUACUACAUGUUUCGGUUUUCAGCCAUUCCACUAACCUUUUUUUUACUUCAGACAUUAACAAAUUCCUUUGGAUGGUGCGCAUUGCUGGUAGUACGGAAAAGGGGAGGCAUAUUCGUGAGCAUGACUACCUCAGCAGAGCUGGUGUCUAUCGUGUGGACAAGGAGGGCUCGCCAACUUUCCUCAACUGCCUUCUCUACAAACUAAGCUAUUAUCGUUUCUGGGAGAAGUACACUGCACCGCGUGAGUCAGUUCUCCCUGCACUUCAGGGGGCGGGGGAGAUUAUGUAUUUUCUCUUCAUUAAAAGAAACAUUUCAGCCAAAUCUGUACGAGACCGCUCAUCUGCAAUAAUUGAAAUUUUUUAUCCCCCCUGCAUAGACCGACCGCCAGGCUAUGAUCGAGUUCGUGAGGCGGACAUUGGCAAUCGGGACUAUGAACUGAAGACGGUGGAAGAGGCUUUCACCUCAGAGAACUGGAUUGUCCGCAUCUAUCGCGUAAAAAAGCCCCUUAAUCGGGGCCUGGCGUGAGUUUUGGCAAGACUUGCUGUUGGCUCCUUCGGCGCCACCGUUUCACUUUAUUUUUCCUGACUCCUUGAAUCCCAGCAGUAGAAUGGACGCCAUGGUGUCCCAUUCUAAAUGCGCGUUUCUUCGCCAACUUGCAUGUCACUUGUAGGCUUUUUCUGCCUAUUUUUAGACCCGUUUGA